UACGUCAGCACCCAGGGAGUGAUAAAUAAAAAUGCCCAACCAUCCUUAAACUCCAAUGUGACACACACCAGAACAGAGCGGAGAUGAUUCUUACUGCAUUUUUCCUGCUUGUCCUCUUUAGAGAAACAACAGGUUCAGUCAAAGUGCAUGUUUAUGUGAGCACUCCAAUGAUCUGCAAAGAAGCUCGGAUGUAUUGCCAAACAUAUCAUACAGACCUUUCUGCAAUCAGCGGUGAAGAAGACAUCCAGAUGAUACAAAUGGCAGCCGGAGGAACUUAUAAUAAGAGUUGGUUCAGUUCGCAGGAAACUAAAAGCUCAUGCACGUUAAUGGAUUAUGUGGAAGCCAGAAUCCCAGCUCUAUGGAUUGCAUUCUGCACUUAUCAGCUGUGUGCAAGCAUGCAUCCUUUCUUCUGCUAUGAGAACUUGAAUAUGGUGCUAGAGAAAAAGACGUGGGAGGAUGCUCUAGAGUACUGUAGGUCUCGCGAUACUGAUCUGGCCUACAUGGAUCCUAACGUGCUACCAAAUAUGAGCAGUGCCCAGACAGACGGUGUGUGGACAGGCCUGCGCUUCCUGGCUGGAAUGUGGUUCUGGGUCGGCGAGGAGAAUGUUGAGACCAGCAUCGCUCUCCCCUCAUGCCCACCUGAGCCGUACCGCUGUGGAGCCCGCAAUGCCAAGACAGGGAACUGGGAGAACAGAGACUGUGAGGAGAAGCUCAAUUUUCUUUGUUUUUAAAGAAAAAUAAAAAUGCGAUGAAGCAUCAUAACACUGAAUAAAAAGAGGUCUGCAAAUAAGAGGAAGGGACUCCAGACACACACACACACUUUUUAUUUCAGAAUUGUGUGCAUAUUUUUAUUUAUUUAUAAUAAUUUAUUAAAUAUUUUUAAUUAUUAUAACUUGAUUUACUUUGUUGUUUGUUUAAAUGGUCACGAACCAAACCUAAAUAAUUGUUGUAAAAUUUAGUGUAAGUGUAUUUUAUUUUUAUUACACAUUUUCGGCUGGUUUUACAGUCCCUUUAUACAUAUAUAAUAUACUGAUUUAAAGACAAAACACUGAAAACAAAAAGGUGUUACUACAGAUCAGAUGGUGGAUCAGCACCAAGAGAUAACCUUUAUCAGA